GAGGCCACAGCCGGUGUUGCCAUAUAUAAAGUAAAAACCGGUGUACGCACCACAAUUCUUUUUUGUGACGCGUGAUGUUUUCUUUCGGACGUCUAUAAACAAAAGGUAAAAAACGGGAAGUCUUCCUCUCGAGUGUAUACACACUCUUCCUUUCUUAUUAUUGUUUUUUGGAAAAAUAUUUUUAAUUCCCUUUCGUUUUCUUUUCAUUUUUUAAAAAUCUUUUUGUUUAUAAAAAAAAAAGAUAUUUUUCUCAGAAUAUCACUCGAAAUCGUGCCUCGAUUGAAUCAGGAGAUAAAGAGGUUUUUUAAUGUUGACUGUGGAUAAGUUCCGUCAAGAUAAUUGUAUGCAUUAUCGCCCAAACGCUUUUGAGGACUGUUUCGGUUUUGAAAGACUUAAUCAGGACAGAAAAGGAUAUUCUAUAUAUUUGAUUGGACUUUCGUUGGAUUGUGUAUUUUGAAAGAUUUUUCCUUUGGAAGAAGUGAACUAGAGAAGCCAAACAAACCAUCGAAUUGAAGAGUUAAAGAUGCUGCAGAUUCGACUUUUUGCGUAUGUUCUGAUCAUUAUCUCAUUAAAAUAUGCAUCAACAGAUGAAGACAAUCUUGACAGAAGAGGGAGACAUUUACGUGAAUUUCCAAAUGUUCAGAGAACUAGAGAAUUUGGAUACAACAUACAAGACAAAUUUCAGCAAUCCAGUCACUUCCGGAAAGAAGAAAGAGAUUUAAAUGGGGUUGUCAGAGGAAGUUAUGGCUUGAAAGACCCCAAUGGUUCUUUUCGCUUAGUAAGCUACAUUGCUGACGACAAAGGAUUCAGGGUUCAUAUAUCCUCCAACGAGCGUGGUAUGGGUCAACAAAAUCCGGCAAGUGUCAGUAUAACUCAUUUUCCUCCUGUGCGUCCAACAAUGGCAGAUAGCAGAUCUCCAGAAACGCCCAUUCGUCAAUAUGAAAACGAAGGGAAAGGGGGCAUUAAAAAUAGCGAUGAUUGGCCUUCUAAUUAUGACUUCUACGUCCCAUUAAAGCAACCAAUUGGGAAUUCUGAAGAAUCAUCUAAAUUAAAGCCAUUAGAUUUAGGGAAGCAUUUGUUUGAAGCCGGAUUUUAUGAAAAAUCUGCCAUUCCCAAGCAGAAUAUACCAAGUCCUUCAGUUGUGUAUGAUAACAAUUCAUUUCGAGAUAAGCAUCAUUCUGAUUCAGGAACUCAAGAAUUUCAAGAAGAUUCUUUCAACGCUUUCGAAAGAGAUGAUCCCAAGCCAUUACCAGCAAUCUCAGAUGCUAACCCUAAUUUCAAAUCUACAGUGACUUCAUCCACUGGAAUUAGAGAAACUAACCAUUUUCCAACACGUUUCUUAAGCGACACGUCAAAAUUGUUUGAUGAACAACGUGGAACAAAUAAUUUUGCUAAAAAAUCUGAUCAAUUACCGUACGGUAUUUUAAACCUUCUAUUCAACCAUCCCCAACAAAGAGUUCAUAAGAAUUUGCCAGACUGUGAAAGUGUGAAAAGUGCUGUUUUGUGCAAACCUCCUCCAUUUUACUAUAAGGAUUCCGGAUAUUUAAACUUUACAGAAAGAAGAUCAAGUGAUGAUAAUGAUCCAAAUCUUACUGAUGAAUAUAGGACACUCACUAAUGAAGAAAGACAAAAAUUUAUUGAAUCUAUUUUAGCAGACAGAUUAUUCAAAUUUGCUACAUCGACUGGGAAAAAAUACCCUCCCAAUAUGUCUUUAAGUGAUUCUACAGCACAAAGUGAAUUUUUCAGUAAUCUGCCUCAUAAUUCUCAAAAAGGCAUUCCUUGUUCUGAAACUAAUAAUAGAAACAGACAAAAUAACAUGGAAGAUCUUGAUUUGACUACUUCUUUAAAUAGACCUGUAAUAUACAAUUCGAUUUCUAAUACACAUAUUAAUUCUUUAAUGAAAUAUGGUAAUGACUGGAUUCCUCCUCAAUUAAUUAGAAAUACACAGCAACAUAAUGAACACACGUAUUCUCAAAACAAUCCUACGCCAAUCGAUAAUGUUGAUACCAAAGAAAAUACUGGUGGUAACAGAAGACUCGUCCUGUUAACCACCCAGAGUGGAGAAAAAUCUGAUCAAUCUGUUUUUGAACUUUUGAAAAAGCUGAAUAUACUUGGAUUUAUUAUUCUUCCUGAAAAUGAUAAGGAAUCUCAUCAAAAGCUAAUAGAACAUAUUGUGAGUAAGACUACAGAGAAAAAAGACAGCAAUAGGAAUCCAAAUAAUGCUCCACAAAACUCAAUACAAAAUAUGACAAAAACGUCUACCCAAUCUAGUACUGAAUUACCAAAUACGAAUCAAAUAGAUGGUGCUAAAUUUUUAAAUUCUUCCAAACCAGCGCUAAUAAACAUAACAACAAAAGAAGAAGAUGGCCAAAGCAAAGAAAAUCAAGAGAAACCAGAUAAAAAACUAUUGUUGAAGAAUUCUGAAUUUCUUAUCUUAGAUGAUGUACAUGAUCCAGAAAGUGGAGACGGCGAUUACAAUUCGAAGCCACCUGUCACGACUAUUGCAUCAACUGAUCUACCAAACUGGAGGAAGGCAUUUGAGGAGGAGUUAAAGGAAGAAUAUGAAAGAGCUGUGAAUAAAAGCCAUACUGAUCACACAGGAGAGCCGUCUCUAAAUCGUGGUAUUCCCAAUGAAAGAGUUUAUCACAUUCAAGACCUUCCAACUCCCCUAUAUGAUUCGAGAGGGAAUCCUAUAAAAUCGGAAAACGUUCCUCUUCAUCUACACAGGUAUAUAGCACCAACUGGAAUCACUUCUUUUCCGUGGAAGUUUGCAAUUCCAAGGCCUGCGCCACCAAGAAGCUUAGUCAUACCUCCAAGGCCAGCUAAUUUAUCUUGAAAAGUGAGCUUAUAGACGCUAGGUAAACAGUAUUAUAUAAAACAGUGUAAAGGCAAAGCACAAUCAUUUAAUUUUCAGAUUUCUUUUUCAUUUUAUUUAUUUAUGUUUGUAAGAUAUCAUUUAGGUCAGAAGCUCUGUACAAGACUUUGCUGCUCAGAUAUUCAAUUCAUCCUGAAUUCAGCAACUACUGUACAAAUGGCUUAGUUUUUUUUAAUGGACUAAUUACUUUUUUUUUCCUUUGACAGAUCAUAGUUUGCGCUUUGUAUGCUUGAUUUUAAGCAAAAGACUUUCAUAAUUAGUCAGAAAGGACGUUUUUAAAGACUAGAUCUGCAGUGAAUGGAAUUUUUUUUUUCAGAAAGUGAUUAUUUUAACAUGUAUCUUCUGUUACAAUGUAUUAUGCAUUUGGUACAGAUUCCUUGUUACUAUGUUUUUGUUUUAUUUAUAUUAGUUUGAUAAUGUACUUUGUAAAAUGAU